CACUGCUGGGAAGGGACCGCUCCUCCGGGGUGCCCUCCCGGGGUCCCUUCCCUGCUCCUCUCUGCAGCCUGCUCUUUGUUUCCGCUUCGAAUUUCUCGGCAGAAAACCCUCCCGAUGCCACCUGGCCCCUCUUCCAGCUCCCGGGAAGUUUCGCGGUGACCCGGGCGGGAAGGCGGCUCGGCCGCGGGCCUCCGACGCUAUCCGGCCCGUUCCCGCGGCCCCCGGUGAGGCCAGCCGCACUCGUCCCCCUACUUCCCCCAGCCACGCGCUGGCGGCGGCGGCACCGAGUCGGAAACAAAGAGGAAAACCCUCGUGGGCUGCGAUUCGCCCUCUCUCGUGAACCCCAGACGUCACGCACGCGCGGCUAUAGAUGGAGCUCGGGAGCCCGGGCCAGCCCAGCGCGAGCCCACCGGAGCCCAGUGAUGGUGGCGGCGGUGCUGGCUGCCGGGGGGGAUGCGGUGGCGGCGUGGCUAAGGAUGCGUUACAGAGGCGGGCUGCUCUUCAUGUAACUAGAGAGCUUCUCUGAUCUACAAAGGGGGAAGACGGCGCGGGAGCGAGCGGAGGCAGCCUGCGCAUUUCCCAGCCGCGCUCUCCCCAGGAGGAGGAGGAGGAGGCCGCCGGCAGCCCCUCUCUGCUCCCCCCUCCCUUCCUCCUCCCCAUCGCCCUCCAGCUCGGCUUCACUGGGGAAUGAUGAAAAAGAAUAAUUCUGCAAAAAGGGAUGGAAAUCAGCAGUCUGCGCAGCCUGAGAAGGUUGGCUGGGUGCGGAAAUUUUGCGGGAAAGGCAUUUUUAGGGAAAUCUGGAAAAACCGUUACGUGGUUUUGAAGGGAGAUCAGCUUUACAUCUCGGAGAAGGAGGUAAAAGAUGAAAAAAACAUGCAGGAAAUGUUUGACUUGAGCGAUUAUGAGAAAUGCGAAGAGCUCAGGAAGUCCAAAAGCAGAAGUAAAAAGAACCACAGCAAAUUUACCCUCGCCCACUCCAGGCAGCCUGGAAACACGGCGCCAAACCUGAUCUUCCUGGCUGUAAGUCCAGAAGAGAAAGAGUCCUGGAUUAAUGCCCUCAACUCAGCAAUCACACGCGCUAAAAACCGCAUCCUUGAUGAGGUGACUGUUGAAGAGGACAGCUACCUCGCACACCCAACACGUGACAGAGCGAAAAUACAGCACUCCCGACGCCCUCCAACACGGGGACAUUUGAUGGCUGUGGCAUCUACCUCAACCUCUGAUGGCAUGUUGACACUCGACCUGAUCCAGGAGGAAGACGCCUCUCCAGAGGAUCACAGUACUUGUGAAGAGAGCUUCCGGGUGGACCUGGAUAAGUCAGUGGCACAUCUUACUGCUGGCCGGCACCGCUCAGAUUCAGAGAACGUCAAGUCAGAGAAAGGCCGGACAGGGAGCCUCCCGAGACGGGAGGUGACCUCAUGGGACAGAUCAGGGCAGCGCAAUGACUCCUUUGACAAAGGAACCAUGUAUACUCCACAGGUCCCCAAAAAGCUCUCACUCUCAGAAAAGAACAAAUGUGCCUCCAUGGAAGAAAUCCUGUCUCGACGGGACUCUUCCACGCACCGGGCGGUGCUGAGGAGGGGGCUGGAGGCUCAAGUCGCCUCAGCAGAACCAGAACAGCUGUCCCGGAUACAAGAACUGGUUGCACUAAAACUGGAAAAAACUCAGGAACUGCUGACAGAGGUGAAGGGUUAUGGGGAAGGCAAGAGAAAGACCAAGGAUUCCAACACCAGCACCACUACCACCUCUUCAUCCUCAUCAUCUUCCAAGUCAGACUCUGAAAGGAUCCUGCAGGAAUCAGAGAGGCUGUUGGGGGAGGCUUCCUCCACCUGGAGCCAAGCCAAGAGGGUGUUGCAGGAGAUCAGAGAAUUGAGGGACCUGUACAAACAGUUUGAACUGCAGCAGUCGGACUUGAAACCCAAACAGAGCUCACAGUCUCAGUACAGGAAGAGCAUGAUGUGAAGGCAAGCCUUGGGAUUGGGAGGGAGGGACAUGGGAGGGUGGCCAUUUGGUCUUUUUUUUUUAUUAUUUACAGUGUUCAAAAGAGUAAAAUGGUGCCUGUUCUCACCCAAAUUUGCUCCUCAAAGCUAGAACCCUUCCUUUCCUCCAUCACAUACCUUGAUGACCCUUCUGUGUUCCAAUAAAUUGUUUCAGUUUAUACCUCCUUUUUUAAAAAGCACCCUUCGAACUGCGUGCCCCAGCUUCUGUCAUGCUUGGAGGACGGAAGAAAGCACCAGUUCCUAGAAAGUGCCCCUGCAUGCCUGCAGCAGCACGUGCAUAACGAUGGAGACGGAUGCUCCUGCGCUGUAUAAGCCCUGGCUUUGCUGCUCUAAACUCUGAGCUGUAUCCUGCGUUACAGCUCCUUGAUCAAGAGUGUUGUCUUGUUCGCUCACCGUCCUCUUGGAAACAAAACAGCAUCUGUCCCAGCUAAUGCUUGGAAGACCCCAUUAUCCAGGAACUGUCUUGAAGAUGCUUGGAAGUUCAGGCUGACCUCAAGCUGUAUGCGAGUCAGAGGCACUCACUGGACUGCUGCUAGCUGGCUCUGUGUUGGCACAGCUCCCUUGACGAACUCUGGGGUCAGCAGCUGUUAUUCUUGUGGUACAAAUACAGCCCUCCAGAAGGAGGGCAACAGGUAUGCAAUCUGUGUUCAAACUAACCCUGUCUGUCCACUGAUGCUUUAUGGAACCCCCCUGGCCCUGUGCAGUGGGAGUUAGCGGCGAUAUGUCUUCCUUUCUGUGCAAAUAGAGGAUCAAAGCCUUGACUCUACCAGACAGCUGAUAUGGGUUGUUUUGGUGGUGGUGGUAGGGGGAAAUGUUUUUUUCUGGCUUUUCCAUUUUCAUUCCAUUCUCGCCUCCCCUCUUUUCUUUGAGCUGGAGGGAAAUGGAAAAAUCAAGGUUGUGUGCAAGAGGCAGCAGGAAACCAAGAGCCAAAGUAGUUCUAGCGGGUUUGAGUCUGGUCUCUCACGUGUACACAUGCUUGGAUUUUGCCAAUCUGACUGCAACAGAGAGUUCUUGUUGUUACACUAAGAUCAGAACAGCCCCGCUGAAAUGAAAGCUGAGCCUGCAAGGGAGCUCAAAUACCCUCCUCUUGGCGAUGCCAAGCACUUUGCUAAAUAGGGGGCUCAGUUUUCAUGCCUUUAAGCGGAAAGACAAGCGAGGAGGAUGUUAAGACGCCUCACAGGGCUUAAAGUACACCAAUGUGGUAACAUCUAUUAAAAAAAAAAAAAGAAAGAAAAGAAACCUAAUUCCCCAGACUACAUUGCAAAUAAUCCAUGAAAAUAUUAAAACCAGCAGACUUAUUUCCUGGUUGCAGUUGGUGUUGUCUAUUUUCUCUUAAUGGUUGACCUUCCUUGGAAAGGAGAUUGGUUACUUUUGCCUAUGUCUGGUCAGCUUUACUAUUCAAGCUCAUGUUGUUGAUGUAGAGUUGCCAGUGCUGCAAAAAAGCAUUUCUGUUUUUUUUCUAAUUAGUCCUUUCCCGACUUUCCUGAUAGAAUUACUAGCAGAAAUAUUACUGUUGGCACUAGGUUCCUGAAGAUCUCAUGAUUUGUAAACCUCAAAUCUGGCCCUUGCAACCAUCUUUUGCUUGCUCCUGAUUCUGGCAGAGCUCGUUGCCUACGCUUAAAGGACAAUUUUGAAAAGGCAUCACAGAUCUAGCUCAGCUCCUGUCAUAGAGCUGCACACUACUGCUGUCCAGGGUAUAUGUAGAUAUUUCACCUUUCCAGCAUUUUAGUUUUUUUCUUACCUUUUCUAUCUCUUGAAGGAUCUUUUGUGAUAUGUCAGAGGAAAAAAUAUAAUCCCUAGAAGAGAUUGGAAAAAAAUGCAUAUGUGAACCAGUCUGAUAACACCCUUCCCAUUCAGCUGUCUUUGAUCAAAAGAAAAACAUGAAAUAUAUGCAAAUAAUUUCCAGAUGUGAUGAUCAGCAUUAAAAUUAGCCUUGUUUUGAAAACAGAAAAGCUAGUCUAAAAACCUGGAUGUUCUAAUUACUUUGGACAGUGAUGGAUGUGUGUUGUGACUGGCCUUCAGAUGCCAGGUCCUGGCUUUAUGUCCAAACAUAAGCAUAAAAAUACACCUGAUUCUGACUGCACAGGGGUCAUUAAAUGCUGCCAAAUAUAUCUUAAGCAACAACGUAAGAUGAAAACUGAUUGGAAACUUUCAGAAUUUGUUCCCAUCAGAAAGCAUCAUUUCUGGCAUGGCCUGGGGAAAGGAGCAUCUUAGAAAGAAAAAAAUAUGACUUUUUGAGCAGAAAAAACUAUUUUUUUCAUUUGGGAAUAUUCUUGUAUUAUACAAAAUUUGGAAUUUUCCUUAAAAAGCUCUCCAGUCAAAACAAAACAUUUUGGUUUACCAACCCCCUCCCCCCUACUUAAGAAGCCUUAUUUUUUUCCCCCAAAGGGCAGUUUUAAAAUUAUUUUCACUCAAAACAAAAUUAAAAAUGCCAAGUUCCAAGCCAGUCUGAUUCUACCAAGCUGUGAAAACAUAAACCUCUGUGCUGCCAAGCACUAUGUUGCUAGGCAGUGGCUAAGGGUCCCAGCCAUGCACCUGAGCCAGAGCAGAGGGUACUGUGUAUUAUUAGAUACUUGACGAUAUCUAUAAACUCAUUCGUAAGUUGGGAGCCUCUGGCCCUAGAUACCGUACCAACCCAGGGCAGAAAGGUCUCCCUCGCUCCCGAACAGACUAUAAUUUUGCCCUCCUUUUCUUCUUUUAUUUAUUUACUUUCAUUUUUGCAAAGUUCUCCCCUCUGUUCUCUACUUCUGAGAUGGGAGACAAAAAGCCAAUUACGAGUAAGAAUGGCAUGCGUAGGGAAAACAUGCCAGUCACGUUGGUGCUGCUGUUCCUCCCCUUCUUGAGCACAGCUUCCUGAGUGGAAACCAAACGGGGAAGCUGCGGCUGAGACUGUGUAGGGGAACGUUCCCGAGGGCAGGAAGAAGUGGGUUGAGCCUGUUUCCUCUCACCCAGCGGGUAUAGGUCAUUGACAGAUAACGGUUAGCAAAAUUUUAUUCUCUAUUUAGUCACACAAACGGCUAAAGAAGGGACUGAGCGCGCAGUGAAUCUGAGCCCUGUUUUCCUCUUACCGAAUCACAUUUCAAAGAACUGGGUAGGAAUUUUGCUUUUUUCCAAAAAAUCGAAACUGCAAUAAUAAAAAUGAUUCAGCUGCAA